CAAGUGACGUAGGUUGUCAGUAGUGAUGCGACUUGACAGCUGUGCAUGUGAGGUGCACUAAUAUUUUGUUGUAAAAUGUUGUUGAUGCUUUAUAUUUGUAAAAAUCUUCGAUAAUCUGUAACACGGAGAGUGCCAAGUUUAUAUGCUACUUGUUAACUGGACUCUGCAAUGGCAGAAGGUAGAGAGAGCAGCAGAGCCAGCAGGAUGGGAGGACGACCGAUACAGAUAGUUGUUACCAGAGAUGACCAUUCCUUUGAAUUGGAUGAGGAUGCACUGUCAGCAGUUCUACUGCAGGACCAUGUCAAAGACAAGAACGUGGUAGUUGUCUCAGUAGCUGGGGCCUUCCGGAAGGGAAAGUCCUUCCUACUCGACUUCUUUCUACGGUAUAUGGUAACACAGGGAAGUCCUGACUGGAUGGGCAGUGAAGAUGAACCUCUUGAAGGUUUUUCAUGGCGAGGAGGGUCCGAAAGAGACACUACGGGUAUUCUCAUAUGGUCCGAAGUCUUUAUUAGUGAUCUGCCAAGUGGAGAAAAAGUUGCUGUUAUUCUUAUGGACACGCAGGGAGCCUUUGACAGUGAAAGCACAGUACGAGAUUGUGCCACUGUGUUUGCAUUGAGCACAAUGCUGAGUUCUGUCCAAAUCUACAAUCUCUUACACAACAUACAAGAGGAUGAUUUGCAGCAUCUUCAGCUUUUCACUGAAUAUGGUAGGUUAGCAUUAGAAGAUGUUGGACACACACCCUUCCAGAAACUGCAGUUCCUGGUGAGAGACUGGUGUUUUCCAUAUGAAGCAGACUAUGGAACUCAGGGAGGAGAAGUCAUUUUGAAAAGGAGGUUACAGGUAUCAGAUAAACAACACCCUGAGCUGCAGUCACUAAGGAAACACAUAAGGUCAUGUUUUUCUGACAUAUCUUGUUUUUUGAUGCCUCAUCCAGGACUCAAAGUGGCAACAAAUCCAGAUUUUGAUGGAAAAUUGUCAGACAUUGAGCCAGAUUUCAAGAAACAGCUUCAUAAAUUGGUCCCAAUGAUUCUGGCCUCUGAAAACUUAGUUGUUAAAGAAAUUGCUGGUCAGAAAGUGAAGGCGAAGGAAUUGCUGCAGUAUUUCAAAUCAUACCUUGAAAUUUACAAAGGGGAUGAGCUACCUGAGCCGAAGUCCAUGUUAGUUGCUACAGCUGAAGCCAACAAUCUGGCAGCAGUAGCAGCAGCUAGGGAAACUUAUACAGCAUUGAUGGAGGGGGUAUGUGGUGGUGCCAAGCCAUAUCUAAGCACUGCACAUCUUGAAGCUGAACACCAGAGAAUUAAAGACAAAUCAUUAAAUCAGUUCAUCACUAAACGCAAAAUGGGAGGCGAAAGUUUUUCUGAAUCAUAUAAGGAGAAGUUAGAUAAGGAACUUGAAGAUCUGUAUGGACAGUUCAGGAUGCACAAUGAAAGUAAAAAUGUCUUCAAAGCUGCAAGAACUCCUGCUGUCUUCUUUGCUACAGCUGUGAUAUUUUACAUUUUAUCUGGACUCUUUGGUCUGUUUGGAAUUUAUUCUGUGGCGAAUAUCUGUAAUCUUAUGAUGGGAGCAGCAAUGUUGAGUCUUGGAAUAUGGGCAUAUAUCAGGUAUAGUGGAGAAAUGAGAGAAAUAGGAGCAUACCUGGAUGAAGCAGCAAAUUUACUGUGGGAUAAUGUCAUGAAACCAACAUAUCAGCAUUUCCUGGAAUUGAGUUUGCAACAGGCAGCAAUGCAUGCUACAGAGGCAGCCAUUAGCAACAGCAACUCAACAGUACAAAGUAAUGGGAAACUAAAACACUCCUGACUGCAGGUGCCACUGCAUUGAAUGUCUUGGCCUUGUGAUAAAUGAACAGGGAGUUUUAUAGGGAAUUUUGAAGUGAUAGGUGGUGUGUAUGUACCAGUAACUGAAGUACUAUAAUAGAAUAAUUCAAACAUAACCAACCAUUUCAGUGCCUGAACAUUAUCUUCCAAUUAAAUAAUAUAUGUGUAUAAAAUGUCUGUUAUGAGGUUUUUGAUUAAUUUUAGCAGUGCUACUCAUUCGUUGUAUGUGUGGGGGGCAGGGGGGAGAGACACGUUUAAAGUGUAUCUAACAGUGUGUAUUACAGUUGUAUCAAAUUAAUUGCCAUAGUUACUGAUUUUAUGUCAGGAUCUUUAUAAAAUAUUAUUUUUGGAGAAAACUGAAAAUAUGAAUGGAUAUCCUUGGAUAUCAGAUAUACAGAUGCAAUUAAGAAUUAAUUUCUCAGAUGUCACAAAUUCUACUUCUGUGCCCUAAUAUCCUGACAUUUGAUUUGUGACCAUGUUUUAUUUAUGUUUAUUUAUAAGUAAUCCUAAAUAGUUAUAGUCUUCCUCAGAAUUUAAAUUUUGUAGUGAUUACAUUCUUAUUAUAUAUUAUUGUCUGUUAUUUCUAAAACACCUCUUGUACAAUACUUCUUACCUAUAACAGUGUGCGUGAAAUUGUGUUUGUUGGUGCCUGUUAGAUCAUUGGUAGUUGGGUGGUGGAUUUAUUUUAAUCAAACUCAUAUAGUUAAAAAAAAUACACUGUUGAAUGAAUAUGACUUUAUAGUUACAAUUUUGAGUUAUAUUCAUGUUGAAUAUUUGCAUACAGCAAACUCUUAAAGAAGUCUGUAAUGAACAGUUUCUUGCAAAGCAAAGGAUAUACUUGAAUCUGUGGUUCAGGAUUAUGUGUGAUGCAGUAUUAUAUUGACUGAUGGACUCUCUAAACUGAGCAUGACCAUUGUUCAGAAUUAAGGCAAUGAAUCUCUAGUUGUCAAGUGUAUUUAAGGGACCAGUAACAUGGCUUGGUAUAUUUGUCAGCUAAGUUCUGUUACUGAUUCUCAUGAUAAUGUGGUAUUUGGAAUACUACAAAACUACUGUAGGUUGGGUGAGAUAAAAAGAGUGAAAUAUCUAUAUUUUUUCUAAUCUUGUGUAACGGAGAAGAGAAUGUAAAUACUUGUGGUUGCCAUGAUAAAUCGUACCUAUCUUUAAUUUUCUUCCUGUUUUGUUAUAUACAGUCUUCUAGAAAAUGAGUUUUAUGGUUUGAUUAAUAGCAUUUUAGAAGUUGCAAUACUACAGUAGUUUAUGCAGUUCAAAAUAUACAACCAGUGCCAUAUGAGAAGAUGGUGGCCUCGCAUUUUCUUGCCGCUACGCAGACGAGUAAUGAAUAAAAAUAAGGUGCUCAACAUUUAAAUUAUGUUUUGAUGCUCAUUCAUAUGUUUAGGUAUGUGAUACAAUUAAAAUAUUUAGCUGCUAAAUUCCUGUAGUUAUAUUGGGUUUGGUAAAUAAAUCCGUAUUUUUGUAAUAUAUA